AUGAAGUUCUCUGCCGCAAUCCUCAUCACAUUCUUGGCUGCUGCCAGCACAGCUUUGCCACAACGCGACGGCUCACCCUCAACGCUGGACGCACGGGCUAAGAAGGCGGCACCCAAAGGCUUCAAGUGCCGUAUCAACCAAGGAACAGGCACCUGCAGCGGCGUCGACACCUGCACCGUUCCCAUCAUACUGUCAGCCUUGUUCCUGUCUUUGAUGUGCUGCAAGGUGGCCGGCGGGAUGGGUGACGUAGUGGCGACUGCGUGGGAGGAAACCGCCCAUAUCGACGAAGAAGGCGUGCUGCAAUGA